AUGCAUGCUUGUUACGACAUCAAAUAUGCUAUUGGACGUACAACCAUACCACGAGAAUUACUUUACAGAUGUAAUUUUUACGGACAGUCUCAUCUUAUUAAAUUUCCAAAAAAUGCGAAUGAUUUCAAUGUAAUACUUUUCAACGCUCAACAAAUACCAAUUUGUUCACUUGGUCCAAAUGAUUUUAUGCAUGCUCCUUCAUGCGCUUCUGAUAUUGUAAUAGAUAAAGUUGAUGAAAGCAACAUCAAUAUUCAAUAUGAAAAAGUUCACUUCAGUGUUUGGAUACAGAAAACACUCUCAACUGAAGUGUAUUAUACAUUUACAUUAUUUGCAACAUUAAAACAUAUUAAUACUGGGAGUGGUAUGUGUGUGAGUGGAUGCAAAUCAAAAACUCGAGUUCAGUCUCAACUCAGUAUUACACCAAGUAUCAGUGAUACAGAAAUAGUAGCAAGUGCGAUGGCACAAAGCUUCGCCGAACAAGCUGCAAAUAAUAUUGUUGUAGAUGUUUUGAGUCGAAAUGGUGAUGUAUCAUUAAUCAACGAAAUUGGACUACUCGUUAAAAAUACAUCUGCUAUUGUGCAACAUGCUUCUUCUGUGGCUAGUAAAGAAGUAGAAAAAAUGGUAGCUGUUUCAACAUGGCCAUGUAAACCUGAUGUGUCUGUAUGUAUUAUGCCAUCCAAGUAUCGUCGUCAUCGCAUCGGAAAAUAG